GUGUGUGUGUGUAUGUAUAUGUCAACAAGCUGGAGGAGCACCAUGAGAGAGUGGGAGCAAGCUUUGGUCUGAGAGUCUGGUUUCCAGUAAAUUUGCUUUGCCCGAACACACUCACGGAUCAUAAGGAAAGAUCAGUCGGAAUCUAUUAGUGUUGCAGUUAAGUGACAAAGAUGCUUAAGAAUGACUCCUAGAAAAAAAAAAUUUCGUCCUGAUGCUCGCUUAUCUGUCGGGGAUGUUUUUACUUGCAGACACUACUAAAGUAUCGGGAAAUUGUCCGUCAUUUGGCAGUUCCAUGACACAAACUGAACUUCUACAGGAGUUGGCGAAUGAAUGUCGUUACGACAAGAUGGUCAGGCCACCGGGAGUGAUUAAUGAGACGGACCCAAUCAGAAUUUACACCAGAGCUUUUAUCUACACGAUAAAGUCCAACAUGGCCAAAACUCUGCAAUUUGAUGUGCAUCUAAUGCUGCAGUUUCGAUAUCUGGAUAAACGACUCAAAUUUACGGAUAUAGCUCCUUAUAUGACUCAAAUAUACGGUGGUCAGAACGCUCAUGAAUUGAUUUGGACGCCUACUGUGUAUGUCGCCAACGAGCGUACCUCAGCCGUAAUGGGGAACGGCGUCAAAGAUUUGCUCAUCUCCAUUAGCUCCUAUGGCAUGGUCAUGUUAAAUACUAGAUUGGAAGCCACUCUCAAUUGUGGUCUCCGAUUGGAGAAAUUUCCAUUUGACGUACAAGAAUGUCCGCUGGUAUUUGAAAGUUGGACUCAUAAUGUGAAUGAAAUGGUGUUAGAUUGGGAUGAUGAUCCGAUUGUUAUCGCGGAUAAUUUAUAUCUGACGGAAUACAAACUCGUAGAUACGUGGGUCAAUCGCUCUGGGGUAUCUUACACUUCGUCGCAACAUCAUUACGGACAUUUUGCUGGCAAUUUCAGUUCAAUAAAUAUUACAUUUAAAUUGGCCCGUGAAAUGGGAUUCUUCAUGAUGGAUUAUUAUGUGCCAUCUAUAUUAAUCAUAGUAGUUUCGUGGGUGUCUUUUUGGUUACACGUAGAUGCGAGUGCACCACGAAUAGUUUUAGAGUUUUCCGAGCACGAUCAAUAUUCCAUCGGUAAGAAUAGAGGAAGAUAAGGAUCCAGAUUAUUCCGUUGGUAGCAUUACGACCAUCGACAGUACCCCUCCGGCUAAGCCAUUUCCACGUAGGCCGACUCUG